CGCCCGGCGCUAGGACCCAGCGGUGCGCGGCCGCCACGCGCGGGGCGGAGUCGGCAUUGUGACGUCACGUCGGCCUGAGCUCGGACGGUCAGACGGAGGGACCCACGGACAGACUGACCCGGUGCCGGGUGAUCGGCCCUGAUGCUGCAGGCCUCGGGGCGCCCCCAGCCCCACGUGCCCCGCCCGCAUGGAGGCCGAGGGCCUGGACUGGCUGCUGGUGCCGCUGCAGCGCCUGGCGUCUUGGGCGGCCGCGGGGGCCAUGGUGUUCGGAGGGGUGGUGCCCUACAUCCCGCAGUACCGCGACAUCCGCCGCUCGCAGAACGCGGAUGGCUUCUCCACGCAUGUGUGCCUGGUGCUGCUGGUGGCCAACAUUCUGCGCAUCCUCUUCUGGUUUGGGAGGCACUUCGAGUCUCCGUUGCUGUGGCAGAGUGUGGUGAUGAUCCUGGCCAUGCUGCUGAUGCUCAGGCUUUGCACCGAGGUCCACGCAGCUGGAGAGCUGGGUCUGAAGCGCCGGGCCUUCUCAGGUGGGGACUGCACAGUUGCAGACUGUAAGGAUGAGGCUGGCAGGACACCCCUCCGCCGGGCCCUCCUGGACUUGGACCCCCAGCACUUCUGGCGCUGGAGCAGCUUCUGGGACUAUGUGCAGUGCGUGGUCGCCUUCACGGGCGUAGCUGGCUACGUCACCUACCUGUCCCUCGACUCUGUCCUGUUCGUGGAGACACUGGGCUUCCUAGCCGUGCUGACUGAGGCCAUGCUGGGCGUGCCACAGCUCUACCGUAACCAUCAGAACCGCUCCACUGAGGGCAUGAGCAUCAAGAUGGUGGUCAUGUGGACGAGUGGGGACACCUUCAAGACGGCCUACUUCCUGCUGAACGGGGCGCCCCUGCAGUUCUCGGUGUGCGGGCUGCUGCAGGUCCUGGUGGACUUGGCCAUCCUGGGCCAGGCCUACACCUUCGCCCGCCAGUCCCCCAAGCCCACCCUGCACGCCGUGCACCCUGCCAGCGCCAAGGCCCUGUGAGCCAGCAGAUGCGACAGGACUUGCACCCGGUGCCGGGCUGGGUGCUGCCUCCCCACCCCCAGGAGCAGCUUGGCAAGACUUGCACCCGGGGCCGGACUGGAGCGGCCCCCCACCCCUGUGAAAGCAGCCAGGACAGAGGCUCAGGACUGUCCAGGCAUGGCUGGGGGUCCAGGUGGGGCCACGGGGCAGGGUCCUCGCCCCAUGGAGGCUGUGGGGCUGCUGGGGCAUCCCCUGCUCCCUGGUCACAUGGUUUUGGAGUGCAGCCCUGCACCCUUCCUUGUCACAGCUUCCUGGGGAGCACAGCCUGUCGGGGGCCCCGGGGGUCAGAGGCAGCGCCCCCCCCCCACCGGCCAGGAGCACCCAGAACCCCACCCAUCCCAACUGGGGUCGUGGCCUGAAGCGUCCAGGGUGGGGGCUGGGCCUGGCGCCCAGAGACUGGCCGAGGAGGACUCUGGCCCCCAUGGACCCUCGGCUGGCCCCCUGCGUCCAGCCUCACCGCAGCCCAUCAGAUACCCUGUCCCUGCCAGACAACCCCCCCAUCCCCAGUGGUCAGCUCCUGCCACCUGAUCUUGUGUGAUUUGCCGAGCACUGUCAGCCGGCCAGCCCGGGCACCGUGGCUAGGCGUGUGGCCAGCACUAGACACUGUGAGUCAGUAAACUGCUCUGGACCCA